AUGAGAGCUUCUCAGGUAUUAAGUUUCCAAUCCACAGUAUCUAAUUCAUUAAGAAGACCUUGGCAAACAUUUAGAGAUGGUACAUUAUUCUAUGGUCAAUUGAAAACAGGUACCAAGAGACAUCCAUUAACCACCAAACAGGGUAAUAAAGAUUUUUAUAAAGGUACCCGUUCUUCAGGUAUAGGUCACUUAGAUACAAGAGGAAGAUAUCAUGUUAACUGGGAAAAAGUCAGAACAUAUGUUGUCCCAGAAGGUUUGCACAAGACUGAGUUGAAAGCUUUGGUAUCUCCAAAAUCACCACAAUUUCAACAAAAAGUUAUAGGAUAUAAUGAUCAGUUCAAGAGUCCAGAAUUAGCUUUCCAUAAUGUAAAGAAGUUUAUUGAAAUCGGUCCUAAUUACAGUGAGGUGGAUUUGGAAGCAGAAGGAUAUGUACAUAAAUUUGUCCAUCCAGAUGUUUUGGAAGCUGAACAAAAGGAAAACUUGACAGAAGGUAUCAAGACCCAAGAGUAG